AAUGGAACGAUUUACCCGAGGAGCCCAGGUGUGCGAUUUCAUCCUAAAGCAUGUCGAAAUGACAACUAAAUGAAUAGCAUAAAUAAAUAAAUGCUUAAAUGUGGUUCAUUUCUGCUCAUCCAGUCUUGCCUCUAGUGUUUCGUCACAACAUGGCGACGCGCUCGGAUGCCAGGCACAAAAACACCGACACCACACAGCGCGCUGAAGUCAUGGAGGAAAUCAUUGGGGUCUGUGGUCUAGAAGCCAGAGGACUCGUUGAAGGGAGCAAUUCACCUCCGGAUGUGGAGACCCCAUCCCAGGAUAACGGGCUGGUGAGCAGUGAGGAGGAGAGAGGGGAGACGCCUGGAAGGGAGGAUAGUAACCCUGACCCCCUCGAUGGGGAGUUGGACCCUAACGCUGAGAAAACCAAGGACCAUAAUGCAUUUGGCAAAGAGGUGUUGUUGCUUAUGCAGGCGCUUCAUACCUUAGCCACCCCAGAAGAAAAACUCGCUGCCCUUUGUAAGAAAUAUGCAGACCUGCUGGAGGAGAGUCGCAGCAUACAAAAGCAGGUGAAGGUGUUGCAGAAAAAGCAGAAUCAGGUGCUGAAAGAGAAGAUCCACCUGCAGAGCGAGCACAGCAAAGCCGUCCUGGCACGCAGCAAACUGGAGAGCCUUUGCAGGGAACUUCAGCGCCAUAACAAGACCCUGAAGGAGGAGAACGCUCAGAGGUUCAGGGAGUAUGAGGAGCGGCGCAAGGAGGCCACGCUGCACUUCCAGAUGACACUCAAUGAGAUUGAGGCCCAGAUGGAGCAGCACAACUUGCACAACAGCAAGCUGCGGCAGGAGAACAUGGAGCUGGCUGAGAAACUCAAGAAGCUCAUCGAGCAGUAUGAGCUCCGGGAGGAGCACAUCGACAAGGUGUUCAAACACAAGGAACUGCAACAGCAGCUGGUGGACGCUAAACUCCAGAGGACGGCUGAGCUGAUGCGAGAGGUGGAGGAGAAACAGCAGAGAGAAAGAGAGUUUCUUCUGAAGGACGCGACUGAGUCCAGACAUAAAUGUGAGCUGAUGAAGGAGCAGGAGCAUCAGUUAAAGCAGCAGCUCACUCUGUACAUGGACAAGUUUGAGGAGUUUCAGACCACCCUCGCCAAGAGCAACGAGGUCUUCACCACCUUCCGACAGGAGAUGGAGAAAAUGACCAAGAAGAUCAAGAAGCUUGAGAAGGAGACCACACUAUGGAGGACCAAAUGGGAGACCAACAACCAGACUCUCCUGCAGAUGGCAGAAGAGAAAACGGUGCGAGACAAGAAUUACAAGGCCCUCCAAGGGAAACUGGAGCGACUGGAGAAGCUUUGCAGGGCCCUGCAGAGAGAACGCAACGACCUGAACCAGAAACUCCACGACCUUCAGGGCCCAGCGAAAGAUCCCGAGGAAGAAGGUACGGGUCCUCCUGACCCUCAGCCGCAGGGGCUCAACCCAGAGAUGGAGAGAGAGGUGGAGGGUUUGGAUCCUGAAACAGAGAAACUCGGGCUUCAGCCUGAGGAAGCGGGCACCACAACAUCCAGACAACUCACUGGCGACUGAGCCUGGCCUUCUAGUGGCCUUUCUUUUUCUUUUUUUUUGUGGAGGUAUAUAUUUUUGUCUAACAAUUAUCAUAAAAAUUAGUGAGGAAAAGCAGGACAUUAGUGAAGACGCUAACUGCUCUAUACGUUGGUGUAAAGCACUUAUUACUCCCUGUUUUCUAUCAUAUUGUAUUUUCAUAGGAAAUGGUCAUGUGGUCCCAGACGGCCUCCAUGCAGCUUUGUUUCGUAUGUUUUUCUUUUUUCUCCCCCCAUUCUCUGCUCAGCUGUGCUGUGCUUGCACGUUUUUCGUUUCUCUUUAAUAAAAUGUAGCUCUUCGCUCUGACCUCUAGAAUCUGAAUAAAUCAUUUUGGAUGCA